AUGGCUGAAUUUCCGGUGGUCACUCUUGAGGAUGGGGUUGAGAGUCUCAGUGAGGGUGAGGGAUCAAAGCAUUCUUCUCGUCAACUGGCCUUGCCUAGUACAGGCAAGGGUGAUUCGUCCCCGGCUAAACGAAGGCGUGAACUUGCAUUGCCAGCAGGUGAAGAUUUUUGGCUUCGCAUACAGGAAUGCGUCUCGAAUGCUGUUACCUCUAGUAUGUUGGAAUUGACAAACAGACAGACAGCUACAGAGCGAGGAGUGAACCUUGUUCAGCAGGGCCUAGAGCAACAAGGUCUGCAAAUCCAGGAGCUUGAGGAAAGAAGCACUGCAAGGUGGAAUGGACUACAGGAGCAAAUUGUUCUGCUACAAAAGCAGAUUGCAGUCUCCCCUCGGUCUUCGAAUGCCUCACCUUCCCAUCUGACAAGUCCGUCCUUUGGGAAUCGUCAUGGGAACAUGCCGGGAGCCCACCCUUCAAUGCUCAUUAUCGUCGGCGGCUGGAAAGAUGGUGAAUCCAAGGAGUGGGUUAUCGAGCAACUCAACAACCUGGUCCAGACAUCGGGUCAGGGACAGCACGUGUCAGAGAUCUCGGUCUACCGCAGGCGGCCACGGUGUGCAAAGGUACAUUUGAAGCUGCCCUGUGGUUUUGAGGAGCAGAAGGAACUUCAGCGAUCAGUCAUCAGAGCUUUGCGCGAGCGGCAGUGGGUUCCAAGAGACUGUUCCGAGCCGGCGUGGAUAGUGGCUGACAAGACACCCUUCCAGAGGUGUGUUGCUCGAGCGGUAGCCAAAGCAUCGUCUCUGGCCCAGCAGUUAGGCAAGGCUCGGGAAUUCUACGAGGUUGAUUCCUGGCCAUCAGCGCAGGGUUACAUGGGCUCACAGAUGGUCACAGGUAUGAGCCGUGGAUGCCAGCAUAUCGUGGAGCCCUCGGGGCCAGCGGACAACAUAGCUUGGCUUGAGCGUAAUGCUGAGCUUGGAGUAGACAUUUGGAUGGACCUGUAUAGGCCUCCAGAUGGUACAGGAAGCUUGGAAGGCGAUGCCGUCCAAGUGAGCCCGACAAUGGCACUUCAGUCCUUCGAAUUUGCGGGUCAUGCGCUUGCUCUUCAGGAACUUUCCUUAGGAUACGACCUCGAAGAUGGCAGAAGUGACUCGUUUGAGCAUGGUGAGUGGUUGUUUAUCGUGGCUAAGCCAGCUGGAUGCUUCAGAUGUCUGGGAUUUGUAUUUGAUCGUGAUGUGUUGAAGGAUUACUCUGUCGGCAGUGUGGGUCAUUCUCACUUUGAUGUUCGGGUGUUGAUCGAUGGGAACGCAGGGAAGCUUCAUCUUCGGAAUGUUCACUUGCCCCACUCCAAGAGACCCAUGGAGGACUUGCAAGAUGCGUGCCAGAGCUUGGAGGAAACAAGAGCGGAGCUCUUGAAUCGGCCAGUUUGCUUGCUGGGGGAUUUUAACCUGAAUCCGACCCUCGAGACAACAAGACGGGCGUGGCUAGUACAUACUACUCUUCAGUCAUUGGGCAUCCAUCAUUUGUCCUUGGAUCGCACUCCCACGCGCAUCAACUCUCAUAGACGACUUGACCAUCUGGGAUACAAUGAUGCGUUUCUAGCACUCUGCAGCAUGAUUUCCCCUGAGAGCUCCGUCUGGCGGUAUGGUCACGAGGAAUACUGGUGGCAGCUGCAGCUUGCAUUGCAGGUUGACCAUGUCAUGAUUUCUCAUGAGGUCAUAGUCGAGCAUGUCGACUCCAAGGUCAAACUCCCCAAGACUUCCAAAAAUCGUGUUGGGAAGUAUGUCGUGAGUGACAAGGUUGCGCUGCAUGCUGCGUUGGCUGGAAUUCGUGACGAUGACAUGUCCCAGCUGGAGCCUCUCCUUCGUCAACUGGAGCUAGCUCAGUCCAGCUUCACCAGUCGGGCGGGAUCCUUGAGGUACCGAGAUGUCGAGGAGGUUCGCAUGCUAUGUAGGGUUCGCAGUGUAACAGCCUGCCCGAUGGAGAGGGCCAGAUUGAGUAAAGAAAUCUCUGAGCGGCGUCGAGUUGGUAGGGCCGAGUGGCUUGCAAGCUUGUGGGAUCGUGCUGCGGCGGGGGAUUGGAGGGCACGGCAGUAUCUGAUGAGACCUAAAACCAAGAAUCGAGGGAUCCACCACUUUGUUCAGCAAUCGGGCAGUGUUUCCAAUGCCGUGAAGAAAGUCGCAGAGUUUUUCCACGACAAAUUCAGUCAGCCCUUCGAUGAUCAGGUGUGUCAGUGGCCCUGGCUAGUGGAGGUUGGCGCAGAGUCGCCUAUAGCUGAGUCUGAGGUGCUCUACCACGUUAGCAAGGCUAAAUGCGGCAGAACCUCUGGGCCCAGUGGAGUCUCGCAUGAACUGCUCAAGGAGAUUGUAACUACCCCCCGCGGAGUCAAGUACCUCACGCGCCUGAUCAACUGCAUGCACGCUGAUCCGCAACAUGUACCCCCUCACAUGUUUGAUGGUUUGGUGGUCCUCAUUGAGAAGACCCGAUGCGUGAGCGCACCCAGAGAUCUCAGGCCCAUAGUGUUGACAGAGGUGUUGAUAAAAAUCGUGUGCUCUAUCGUCAUGGACAGAACGGUGAGUACGUGGCCGGCGCCACAUGAACUUCUUGGGGGCAUGCCCGGAAUCCAGGUGGCUGAGACGCUGAAAUGCGCUCAAGCCCUCUUCAGUCAAUCGGCUAUGUAUCGGGAUGAGUACAUAUACUUGCGUCUGGACAUUGCGGGGGCCUUUGAUAAUUCUGACAUCAAUUCCUUGCUCCGAUUGUUUGAGGAUCAUUACCACCCUCAGGUGGCCAGCUCUUGUCGCUUCAUGCAGCGCAUGAUGCAGAACCAGCGCUUGCGUUUCACUUUCCUGGGGGCAGAGUGGAUUGUGCCCAUGAUGCGGGGCACGGUUCAGGGAGGUACCCAUUCCCCCAAGCUCUUUGCACACCUGCUGGCUGGUAUUUUUAGCAAAUUGAGACAACGCUGGGAGCGCGGUGGUGAGGAUCCGCCGUUUAAAGCGCAGGAAGUUGAUCUGUGGUCCCUCUUGUUCAUUGACGAUGGCAUCCUCGCUUUUCGAAACAUGCAACAGGCACUAAGAUUGUUUCCGGAGGUAUUGUUGGCCCUAAACGCGGUGGGGCUCCAGGUUAACUUGAGCAAGAGCAAGAUCCUUGGUUUGGCAUUGCCGGACUGCUUGCCUGGAUUGUUUCAAGGGAUCCAAGUUGUGGAUUCAGUCAUCUUUCUGGGGGUGCCCCUGAAAAUAGAUGAAUGGGAUGCUCAUAUCUUGGGCUCGUUGCUCGGAAGAUCCACAGCAGCUUUUCUGUCAGCUCGGCGUCUCCUUGUCAAUGCCCGCAUUCCGCUCAGCAAGAGGGUCUACAUGUUUGAGGCUUUGGUUGUCAGCUCAGUGGGUUGGGCCCUGGGGAUGUGCGAGCCUACAGCUGAUAAUCUCCAUCAAGCCAGCGUUCAUGGUACAACUCUCAUGGUAUGGCUCUUGCGCCUUAGACAACAUUCAGCUUGGCAAGACGCGCAGCAGUACAAGGCAAUUAGACACGUGGCCAAGGUUUGGUCGGGGGCUGUGUGGGGAGGUGGCUGGGAUCAGCUGUUGGCAGUGCGUCAUUGGACUCUUCUGGGUCAUGUUUGCCGGAGUCGGGUCUCUAAGCUGGCUAUGGUGUUGACUUUUCAAACUUCCCAUUUCGAGGCGGCGGAGGGCUGGCGGCGGCGGUACCGUACAGGAGGGGAUUGGACGCGAUCCAAAAGGGCCAGAAAUUUCAUGCAGACGCAGUAUCUGGAUGUGGAAGCAGCGGCGGAGAUGCCGAGCGGAAGCUGGAAUGCGUUUGUGCCCAAGUGGCUUGCUUGGGUGGGCCUAGCUGGACACGAUGAGCAGUUGCAAAUGUUGGUUUUCCACUGGCAGGAAGGGUGGCAAUUUAGGGAGGCCGCGUUGGGUGACAGUAGGCCAUUGGAUAUCCUGGAAGGUUGGCUGCUUGACAUUUGGUCCUCUGACACGGUGCAUUUUCGAGUGAGCGGGCCAGUCGUGGUCAAGGUGUGCCUGAUCGUCCUGGGCGUCAUGGGCAUCGUUGUUGUGCUGGACGACUCGGUGCAGGAUCAUGGCGACUACCAGCACCUUGCUCACCUGGACCGCUUGGUGGCCUCUCUCGCGGGCCAGGGGCGCUCCGAAGAUCUCUGUGCCGCUGCCUCCGUCUUCGCCGAGGCUUCUCCCCAUGAACUGCUGAUGGCAGGGAUUGGGCCAUUGCUUUGGACUCAGGGGUCCUGUGAAUGCUGCACCGCAAACACGACGGCAGACUUCGAUGGGAACUGGCUCCAGGCUGCGAGGCGGGCCAUGGACAAGGCACCCUUCCAGGCCCACGAGCUCCGGAUGGUUUGCUAUCCCAACGAGGAUUGCUCAGGUGUACCCUCCAGCGUGGCGGUUCUCGACACCCACGAGUCGGUAAGGGGUGAAGCCGAGGCCGACAUCGUCUACACGUUCAUCGUUGUGGUCUUGAUGGUUGUUUUUGCGCUGGCUUUCAUGCACGCGCUCAACAAGGUGAACACGCGGAUGCUGCACCCGCUGUGGAGCAUUCUGGACGACAUGGCUUCUUUGCGCUCGCUGGAAGCCGUGCGGAUGACGAAUUUCCAGCCUGCUAGCGACAUGCUCAAGGAUCUGCAGAGGGACGGCAAGCGUCAAGGCUGGAUCAAGAGGCUUAUCCGCUACACCAUGCGACUGCCCUUCUGCAGAGAGUCAGAGAAGAACAACGAUGAUGUGAAGGAGCUCGCGGAUCUGCGCGGCUCCCUCACGACCAUGCGAGCGGCACUGCGCUCCUGGGCCAAGUAUGUGCCGCCGUAUCUGCUGAAGUCCUUGUACAGAUCCGGAGUGGAGGCCACGGUUGGCUUCCACGAGAACGAGGUCAGCAUUUUCUUCUGCGAUAUAGAUGGCUUCCGAGACAUGUGCCGCGGCCUCCACCCAAAGGCCGUGCUGGACCUCUUAAGCUCCGUCCAUGGAGAGGUCUCAAGCGCGAUUGAGGGUCUUGGCGGCACGCUGCUGGAAUUCAUCGCGGACGAGGUGCUCGCGGUCUUCAACGCCCCGAACGAGGUAGUGGACCACGAGGAGCACGCCACAGAAGCCGCGACAGAUGUCCUCGAGCGGGUGGAGCGUCUUGGGGUCCGGAUGCGCUGCGGCGUGCACUCGGGGAAGGUCCUGGUAGGCAACAUUGGCUCACAAACUCGCAUCAAGUACGGCGUGCUGGGUGACAGCGUGAACGUGGCAGCGCGUUUGAAGAGCAUCAACUCCCACUUUGGUACAUCAUGCUUGGUAUCAAACGAGUGUCUGGAGGAGGCGGACGAUUUGCACAAGACCUUCGUGGCCCGGCCUGUGGGGAACCUUAUCCUCAAGGGCCGGAAGUCUGCGACAAAGGUGUGGGAGGUCCGGGCGCGUCGCACGAACGAGAAGUCUGGGCUGGCCAAGACCUAUGACAUUCACAGGAAGGCCUUCGAGCUUUUUGUCGCCCGACGCUUCGGUGAAGCGCGGCCCCUGCUGUCUGAGGUGUGCCGCAGCCUUCGUGGCCGGCAAGGCAGCGUGGACUUUCCGUCGCAGCAUUUGCUUCACUUGUGCGAAAAGUUUCUGAAAGAGCCGCCCCCGCCCGACUGGGAUGCCUCAGAAUCGAUGACCAAGAAGUAG